AUGGAGAAGGAUCAAAGUUAUAUCCAAGGUCAAGGUUCAUCAAUCAAUUCUGAAAUACAAGUUGACCGCAUUGACGAUGGGAUAAACUUGGUUCCUGAUGAUGGACUCAAAAUGUUUGAAAAGUUGAGUGGUUCAAUGCUUGCGAUGAAUAAAAAAGAUGACGAAUGGAUGGAUAUCACAUCGAAAAAUUAUAUAGAUAAAAAUAUUGAUGUAAUGGGAUCUUCCCCCGGGGAAAAGUACAUAGUUACUUGGAGUAGAGAGGAUGUUAAAACGCCUUUUAAUAAGACAACCGUCGAGAGUAACGAAAAGAUUUAUGUUUCUAUAUCUGAAUGUGGUGGAUUUGCUUCCAUAUCGAAAAUGACGAUAAUUGAGAAUACCGGUGAAACAGUUAAUAUGGACUCGGUUAAUUCUCACGAUCUUAGCAAACCAGAGGCAUGUUUUGCCGUCUAUUCAACUACACUUAAUCAUCAGCAUGAUCACUCUUCAAGAAUAAAUUCUCUUCCCAUUUCAGGCCCAUUAAUUUUUUGUCCUCAUUCUCGCAUGGUGUGCUUCACCGAAGAGAAUAUGUAUAUAUUCUCCACUAAUAACUGGAAAAUUAUAAAUAACCUAAGCGUUUCUCAGCUCAUCAAAAUUGCUCCUAAUUAUUCAUCUGACAGCAAUGCAUUCCUUUCAAAGGUCUAUGAUAUUCUAAUUUGCAGCUUAAAAAACGGUUACAUUAUUUGGCCCGAGACUAGUUCUGGUCUUAGCGUGUGGGAUCUCGAGGGAACGCUGAAACAAUGGUUUUACAUUGAAUCCAAAAAUCAACGACCAUCACAUAAUUUAUAUGCUAUUUCUAAGAGUGGAGAGAUUGUUGCUAGGUUUCACGAGGAAAUCAAUCAAGAUCACGAAAAUUUGGGCAUUCUAUCCAUCUUUCAUAUUCCAACUGCUCUAUCAGUUUGUGAUAUUGAAGUUCCCAGUUCGACUUUUUAUAUCGCCCUCUUGGCAAAAACGGAACAAAUAAUAGUAUUCUCGAAUGGUGAAGAUGGGAUUCGUGUUCAGAUCUGGGAUUGUUGGAGUGGUUUAUUGGUUCAUGAAGAAAACUGCCCUCGUUUUAACUCUGUCAACCCAUUUGUGUUCCUCAAUGAAUGUUUCGUUCAAGCAAUCGAUAAUGAACUCCAAUCAUGUCUCCUUUUCGCAUCUUCACCAGUAAGCACGAAUCUGUUGGAGAGAGUCAAAGAAUGUAAGGAAUGUAAGGCACCUGGAAAAGGGUUAAAAUUCUCUUCCGCCAUCGAACAAUAUAUGUCCCGAUCAAUUUGUUGGGGCUACAUCCAUGAUAACGAAGAUGUUUUAAUCAGUAAAUUUUUGAUCGAACCAUGGAAUAAUUUUACUGGCUCGGAGAUGAUAACUGCGAGAUGGCUUGAUUAUACUGGGAACAGGUUUCUCGUAAUUGGAGAAGAUAGUGUUCAAGUAUAUAAGACAAAUUAUAAAGAAAAUCAGAAAUUCUUAAAGAUUGAAUUGCAAUACAUGUGGGUAGUUCCAAUAACGCAGGAUGCCAAUAUUCAGUCUGUUUCGUUAGAAACUUGCGAAGACGAGGAUUCUGAUGACUUUGAUAAUGAAGAAGACCUUCUGAGUUACAAUCUUCAUGUCAAAUUAACAAACAACUUCACUACGGUUGUCCCGAUACCCGGUGUGAACGAAACGGCAAGUUAUAGGAUAAUAUCGGACGCGUGUGCGUCGAUUCAUCAUAUUCGUCUGCAAUUCCCUGAGGAAGGCAUGUACUUCAAUCGUUUGGCGAUUAGAGAACAAUUAAGAAAACUGCUCAUUACGUCGGUCCAGUCAUAUCCGUCUAUGUUUAACAAAAUUUCAGUUGGCGAAGGCGAAUAUAUUUAUCCUAUGGAAGACUUCAUUGCCCUAGGAUGGGAUAAUUUGGUAGAAAGUAUUUUGGAACAGAAUCGAUAUAUUCCAUUAUUUCACAACGACGAACAAACGGAAAGUGCAUUAUCAUUAUUAGUGGAUCUCCAAAAAUCGGAACUCGUGCAACUUUUGGUGAAGUUUGAUCUUUAUAUGUUGAACAUCAGCUAUUUCACAACUUCCUUGGAGACUCCUACAAGAAUACUGAAUACCAAAUUAGGAAAUCCAUAUCAAAUUGAGGAAAGAAGUGAACGCGAAGAAUUGGCCGCAGUUACACGCAGGGCAUUGUUACCAAAUGUUGAAAGAGAUGAAGGUGCUCAAAAAAAAACCAAGAAAAAUUGGUUUGGACUCACGGGAGAGGGAAUUGAUGUCAAAGACGAGAAAACAGAAUUUUUCUCGAAAGAAAGUUAUAGUAGUGGAAAAACGAAAAAGAUAGAAUUAAAGAAAGAAAUAUAUGUUAAUUUAAGGCAGAUGCGUAAACAAAAACUAGCAGAUAGUCAGAAGACUCAUCCUGCGAAACUCUGUGUCGUUCCUUGGCCAGAUUUCAGUGUUUAUCCUUCGCGUAAAACCAAGUGGAAUUUCUUCGUACCUGCUUCUGAGAGAAGCCCAUUCGCUGACAUCGCUCUAACUGGUCCUCCGGAGAUGUUUAAUGAAGUCGCCAUGGAAGCAGUUAUUAAAUUUAAAUGCGAUGGUUUGCAAGUUGCUAGACAAGCGCAUUUACGUCAACGUGCCGAGCUCAUAGCCGAAGUUGAACUAUUUUUGUUGACGUCAUCACAACGUCAACACGCUGAAUGGUUCCCUCAUUUAAUAUAUUACGAGGCACACGCUGACUAUAUAAACAAAUGGAGACAGAAAUUAGAACAAGAAGAGAAAGGCGAGGUUGACGUAGAUUUUGUGAAAAAGGAAUUGAAUUUUGUUAAAGAAGAAUUGCAAAAUGAUUUAAGGGAACUAAAGGAAGCUAAUGCUUAA